AUGAGUGCCCAAGCCUGGUAUCCAUCUGAAGACGUCCCAGCUCCAAAGAAGACUAGAAAGGCCGUUAGACCACAAAAGUUACGUGCCUCUUUAGUUCCAGGUACCGUCUUGAUCUUAUUGGCUGGUCGUUUCAGAGGUAAAAGAGUUGUUUACUUAAAGCACUUAGAAGACAACACCUUAUUAGUCUCUGGUCCAUUCAAGGUUAACGGUGUUCCAUUAAGAAGAGUCAAUGCUCGUUACGUCAUUGCCACUUCCACUAAGAUUAACGUCGAAUCUGUCAAUGUCGAAAAAUUCAACGUUGAAUACUUCGCUAGAGAUUCUAAGUUAUCUAAGAAGGAAAAGAAGGAAGCUAACUUAUUCCCAGAACAACAACAAAAGGAAAUCAAGACCGAAAGGAUUGAAGACCAAAAGGUUGUUGACAAGGCUUUAUUAGCUGAAAUCAAGAAGACUCCAUUAUUAAAGCAAUACUUAGCUGCUUCUUUCUCCUUAAAGAGCGGUGACAAGCCACACUUAUUGAAAUUUUAA